AUGUCUAGCUCAAUGUUUACUUCCAUCGUGUGCUGGUCAACGGUGUCUGCUGCCGAUCAACCCUACAUCACCAAGUACGACAAUGUGGAUUUGGAUGAAAUUUUCAACAGCAAACGGUUGCUCGAUAACUACAUGAACUGCUUGAAAGAUGUUGGUCCCUGUACGCCCGAUGGCCGGGAGCUAAAAGACAACCUUCCCGAUGCGCUGAUGAGCGAUUGCGCGAAAUGCUCCGAAAAGCAACGCAUCGGUUCGGACAAGGUGAUCAGGUUCAUCAUCGCGAACCGGCCGGAAGAUUUCACGAUCCUCGAGCGGCUGUACGAUCCGACCGGUGAGUACCGGCGGAAGUACAUGCAGUCGGACGCACUGAUCGAGCGCGUGAAGCAGGAAGCGGGUGAGCUAUCGUCGAGCGGUGACGGAACCGUUGAGACCGAAGGCCACGCAACCGAGCAUAACUCAUCCGAAGAUCAUGGUGAAGGACGCAUGGUUGCGAGUGAAAAUUUGAAACAGAAAUCAGAAUAA